UGACGGUGCAAUAUAAUCAACUUGUUCUUACAGGUGGUCCUGGGGUGUUUUUUAGACUCUUAUUAAGAUGGCGGGGUUGUGUCUUCAAACUGAUUUACAUCGAUGUCAUAUUUUUUAUGGCUUUAUACGCCUUGAUAAGUUGCAUAUACCGUUAUGCACUUCCAGAACAUGCGCAAAGGUGUGGUUCUUUAUUUAAAGCAAUUACAAUUCUUUAGGGUUUUUGAAAAAACUAUAGUAUUCACACAAAGCUUCCAGGGGCUUAUCCCUGUUUCUUUUAUUCUUGGCUUCUACAUUGAUUAUGUUUUCUCAAGAUUUUGGAGAUUAUUUAUGACUAUUCCUUGGGUGUUGAAGUUUGCCAUUUCUAUUACUGGACACCUCCCUGGAGAUUCUGAUCGUCCUCGUAUGAUGCGUCGUACAUGUUUUCGUUACAUGAUGGGAAGCCUAAUAAUGACUUGUACUCGCCUCAACUUGAUUGCAAAAAAACGAUUUCCCACGCCCGAAUUUUUUGUAACUGCAGGCAUAUUUACUGAAGACGAGGUGACAAUGAUCAUGAAUGUUGCCCCCACGCAUAUGCAACCUUUUCUGCCUAUUGUUUGGACCACCUCGCUAAUUACUCGUGCUCAAAAAGAAGGUUUAAUAACUAAUCAUCAUGCUUUAGUUUCCAUUAUUGAUGAAGUGAAUAAUUUUCGUCAAGGUCUACUGGACAUGUUUAUGAUGGACUUUGUUUGUAUUCCGUUGGUGUAUACACAGGUUGUAACAUUAGCAGUGUAUAUUUAUUUUGUUGCCUCGCUUAUUGGUCGACAAUUUGUAAUCAAUUCAUCACCCUAUGCUGAUCAAGUGAAUACUAGAGAUUUGUACUUUCCAUUCUUUACUAUCUUGGAAUUUAUUGUCUAUAUGGGUUUGUUAAAAGUUGCUGAGACUUUGGUUAACCCUAUGGGAGAGAAUGAUGAAGAUAUUGACAUUAAUGAAGUGAUCGAUUUCAAUUGGAAAGCUGGUUGGUGUAUUGUCGAUGGAAUGAAAACAAGUGUGCCUUCUAUUGUACGGGAUAUACACUGGCAACAGUCAGUUAUAGAAUUACCGCAUACUGAAGAAUCGAGACGUUUAGCUGCUCGACCGUUUAGAGGAUCUGUAUAUGAUAUAAAUCUACCCUUCAAUCAAGACUUAAUCGGAUCUGGAUUAUCGUUAUCAAGGCUCUUCCGUUCUCAAGACUUUGAUGGCGGCGGUAUGCGUAAAUUCAGCCGACAGAGUACAGUAAUCCAACCGACAAGAAUGUUGUCAGCAGAAAGUAGCCUGCCAAUUGUUGAAACUGACAAUAGAAAAAAGGUGAACAAUGAAGAAUGUUCUCCUGGAGAGACUGGAGCAUUGAUUGCCACCCCUACCACCACCAUCACCACGCCCCAUACACCAGUGACAGCAAGUCGAUUACUUCAUGAACCAAUAGAAGAAGAAGACGAAGAACCUGCAGAGGAUAGUGACAGUAAAGACAAUGUGAAUAGAAGAGAAUAUGAUAAGUGCACAGGUGAAGUGAGACGUGAUCAUUAUUACAAGUAGGAAAUACACGUUUUAUAUAUCUGUCCAAACCAAGUUCAUUUUGAACAUUUUUUGAAGAGAACUUGGGCAUUGGGUCGGUGGUAUAUGAUAUUCAUUAUAAUAAAGGUUGAUUUUUCGUAUUCCCUGGUGAUUUUGUCAUUUCGUGGGGGAUGUGGGCGAGGUUGGGUUUUGUGACCAGGUCAAGUUCUGUUUUAGUCCAUCAUUCCUAUUCAGUUCAGACAAUUUGGAUUCCAUUUGAUGUGGAGUGCUUCUGAUGAUAUCAAACGUUCUUUGUGAUUUCUGAAACUAUUUCUAGAUGAUGGUUUCAAUAUUGUGAAAAUCAAUUUUGUGACCUGAUUGAUUCUAUAGCGUAGCGUGUUGUGUAGACGACUUGUGGCUGAUGAGUUUUCAAGCUUUUUAAGUUCAACUGGAUUUGUUUCUCGGGGGUCAACUGGUGGGGAUGGCAGGCGGCUCUACGGUGUUCAUCAGAAGAGUACUCAAUAUCAGCACGACAUCAGAGUUUUCUUCAAAACAUCAGACAUGCAUACACACACUACAACGCAACCUUGUCCAUGUAAAAGAUUAAAUCCCUAAGGAUUCUCUAUCUAAUUUUGUCUAUAAAAUAAAAUGCUUGCUUGGAAUGCGAUGGGAUAAUAUACAUUGGACAAACAUCGCUCCAGAGAGAAAUCAAG